AUGGAAGGCUUGGUGGAUCCAGAGACGCUUUACAUGAAACAAAACUGCAUUGCAUACUACAGCGUCGAUAAACGCAAUGGGAAAUCAGUGGCGAUCAAGAUAAUUGACGUUGAAAACGCCGAGGAUGAAGUCGAAGAUAUCAUCCAGGAGAUUGCCAUCCUGUCGGAACUCAACUCGCCAUACGUGACCAGGUACCAUGGAUCAUAUUUGAAAGGGUCGAGUCUAUGGAUUGUAAUGGAAUUCUGUUCCGGAGGCAGUUGCUCUGAUCUAAUGCGCCCGGGGCCUAUUCCAGAGGAAUACAUUGUUAUCAUCAUUCGAGAACUGCUUAAAGGAUUGGACUAUCUGCACAGCGACAAAAAGCUGCAUCGCGACGUCAAAGCUGCAAACAUCCUCCUAACGUCGGGCGGCCAAGUAAAACUGGCAGACUUUGGCGUCUCCAGUCAGCUAUCUGCUACAAUGACCAAGAAAAACACCUUCGUAGGAACUCCGUUUUGGAUGGCCCCAGAAGUGAUCAAGCAGUCAGGAUAUGAUUACAAGGCCGAUAUCUGGUCACUCGGUAUAACCGCGAUUGAGCUUGCCAAUGGGGAGCCACCGUACUCGGAUAUACAUCCCAUGAAAGUCCUUUUUCUAAUACCCAAAAAUCCACCCCCUACACUGCAAGGUGCAUACAGCAAAGCAUUCAAGAACUUUGUCGAGCUCUGUCUACGAAGAGACCCGCGAGAGCGACCAACGGCCAAGGAGCUCCUUGAGCAUCCCUUUAUCAAGCGAGCAAAGAAGACCAAUUACCUAACGGAGCUAAUUGAGCGCUAUGAGCGUUGGCAGGCAGUUAGCGGAAAUCAGAAGGCUGACGAAGAUGACGAGCUGGAUCAGGAGCCUGCAGCUGCGCCGAAGACCACCGAGGAAGAGGAUGACCUUUGGGAUUUUGGCACUGUUCGCCCUGUGGGCCGAGGGCACGCUUUAAAUCCGAUGAGAGUGACAGAUCUCAACGCCAGGGGCUAUGGCACGAAAGAUCGGGAUUCCAAACUCGAACCGCGAAUCGAAGCAACGAGAUCGAAUAAUCCUAUGACACCAUCAUUUGCUCAACCUAAGAGCACACCUACCUCUCCGAAACAAUCCUCUCCAUCGAAGAUUCCACUACCUCCCUCCCCGGUGAAAGCGACGCAUAUGGACAACUGUCCCAGAACGCCUUCGUAUCUGACCCCACAGAAACCAAAGGAAAGUCCUGGGAGUGAAUAUGACAGAGCUUUACAGCAAUCUUUAGCGCAAGACCUGAGUUUCCUGCAGCUUGACCGCUCGCCAGGAAGCUCUAUGGCAACUAUGAUAGACAGGGAAAGCCCACUCUCAACACCUUUACCCCACCAGCCAUGGUCAUCCACGGCAGCGGAAGCACCGACACUGCAGGCAUCACCUUCUCGACACCCCGCGGAACAACAAGUCAGGCCAGAUAUGGAGCCGUCCCGCGCUCAGCCUCCAUUAUUUUCUCAACCGCAAACUCAGCCGCAGCCCCCUUCACCAAUACCCCCACCAACACCGAAGCAUGCCUCUCCUCCGCCGCAACCUAAACAACAAAAGUAUGUACAUGCACCGUUGCAGAAUCUUCCAUCAAGUCAUGUCAACCCAAACAGCCCUUCAUACAAUAAGCCCGCCAACUCGAACGCACAAGACAUGAAACAGUCACGAACGCCUCACGAAAUCACUGCCCUGAACAGCGUCAUUCUUCCUGCCUUGAAGGAAGCUGUCCAACGUCGAGCUCGCCGUGUAGAUAUUGCUACCCGGUCGACUAUAGCCCAUGAUGGAGAGAGUCUGAAAGCGGCAUUGGAGCUCCAAUCGCGGCGUGAACACGCUCAAGAAAUGAUAGAAUCAUUAUCCAACGAUCUGGGCAGUAUCCUCACUAGGAUCGAGCGCUGGGACAAUGACGCAGCCGUGGGCAUGGGUGCCGGCAUCCACUCCUUUCUAGAAGGGUUUCUUGAAGAGAUCCUCAUCAGAAUAGAACCAGGCGAUGAAGACGAGCUCCGAUGA